AUGGAAGAUCGUGAAGUGGACGCAGCCGGAAUUUUGAGUUCUGAAACUUGUGACUCGAGUGACAGCAACGGUCAUCGAAACGGUGACGAUGACCGUUGGCCGACACUGCCGAAUCUGUUGCUGGAGAAGAUAUUUGAGAGUUUGCCGUUGAAAUACAGGUUUUACGCGUCGUUGACCUGUCGCAGCUGGAACUACACGUUCAACUGUCCCGGUUCCUGGAAGACGUUCGUAUACGGCGACUACGUGCUGACCCGUCCGAAGUAUACUCUGCACGGCGCCUACAAUUACUAUCCGGAUUACUAUCGGAUGCGGGCGUUGAUCAGCAAGACUUCUUCGCGGUGGCACACUCUGAUUAUCGAGCCGUUGACCAUGCUGUUCAACCUGUACGAAUUUCUACGCAUUCUGACCAACUUCUGUGAUUACUCGGUGCAGACCGGCGAAGAGAAGGCGGAGCCGAUCUUUUAUGGGACCGGGGGGCAGCUGCUUAAGGCAAGUCCUCUUUUUCUCUGUCAUGUGACUAACCUCAAGUCGCUAACACUUCGCCAUUUAUUGCUCGAAGAUCAUGAAGCGGAAGAAUUUCUCACGGAAAUGCUCAACUGUUUCGCCAAAACGCUUAUUUGUUUAUGCGUAAGAAACCUGACCAAAUCUUCCCGCAGUUUUUUGCAUUUCGGUUUGUUCCUGAACUUAAGAAAGCUGGUGAUCAGUCCUCAGCAUUUAAACGAUGACGUCAUCUAUUUGCUAGGUAAUAUCGCCUAUCUGGAGGACCUGUUUAUUGUGCAAGACGAGUAUACGGGUUUGGCGACGCCCGGAUCGAGCAGUGCUUGGAAGGAAUUCGCCUCUCGAGCUCCAAACGUACAGGUUCACCUCCACUGCAGUGGUCGUUGUAAGAUGGACAUGAUAUGGCAGCCGAUGGCUCCUGUCACCUCCAUAAUGUACAGUAGCUCAUUCAGUUGCCUGACCAUCCAAUCAGCGUUGACCAUCGCCGAGUACUACUCAAAUACGUUGAAGUCGUACUUGCAGAAGGGACUGCAGAGACGGUACCGUUCGAAGUCGUACAACGAGCGAGCCGAUACUGCGUUGUUGAUGCUCGUCCGGUCGUGCAGGCAUCUGCAGCUGUUGGGGAUUAGGGAGCGUAUUAGCACAGCCACAGCAAUCAUGGCCGCCUACAUUUCGCCGAAUAAAAGUCUGAAGUUUUACGUACGAAGGCAGGCACUGUUAAAACGCGCCGACUAUCCGUUCGGACCAAAUGAGCUAUCCUCGGAGAUGGUCAACUGCAUCAAAGUAGCUGCUAAAAGCUACGAAUUCACCGACGCUCUGAUUGGUGAGGUUUACGGCUCCCAGUGGAGGGCGCUCAGCGACAACGAGUACAUGCACAUUUUUCGAUAA